AUGAAGAGAAAACAAGGAAAUCCAACCCGUUCAUCAGCCAUGGUAGGGGAUAGUCCUAAGGAAAACAAUGCAAGCUGCAGCCAAAACAGAUUAAUGACUGCAGCAGACAAAGCUGAAGAGAUUCGAGCGAGUUUGGAUCCCGAAUUCCUAAGUGUUGUUAAACUUAUGAUACGUUCAAGUGUUUCUGGGGGUUUUUGGCUGGGACUUCCCAGGAUAUUUUGUUCUUCGAGUCUGCCAAAGAAGGAUACCAAGUUUACCUUGGUGGAUGAGGAUGGAGAAGCAUAUACUGCAAAAUACCUUCCUCAGAGUUCAUUGACUGUGGUUUACAUAGUAAGGGCACAUACUUCGGCUGAAGCUGGUGAUCAUGGUAUUUUCUCUGGAACUUCCUAUUAUAUGCUUGUUUAG